AUCUUGGAAGCUGACUGCGGCAGGGAGGAGUAAAUUAAUGUAGCGGAUGGAAGUUAAUGUAAACAUUGUUAUUUGAUGUUUACUAUUGACAAAGUAUCCACAACACAUAGCAUUUUAAAAUUGUAUUCUUCAUUUAUAUAUUUGUGGAAUUAUAAAUAAAUGUCAGUGAACAUUAAUAUUAGUUCAUUGGCAUGGUUAUAGUCAUUGACGUUUUGUAAUGUGACUUUUUGCACUGCAUUUUUUUGGAUCUUUAUAUAUAUAUAACUGGAGAUUUUCUACCAGGUCUACUCACGAAACGGUGGACUAAUACAUUUAUUAAAGAAAUGUAGCACACAAGGUAGCAUUCAUAAUAAAGUUUUUGUGAAAGCUUCUCAUCAAAGCCCUUUGCACAAGCUUCCUAGAAUACCAUUUGUCUAUCAUGCCAUCUUUACCUAGACCUGGUAGUCUGAAGGAUCCUGAAAUAGCUGAACUUUUUGAUAAAGAAGACCCUGAAAAAAUAUUCAUAGACCUUCGUGAAAUUGGCCAUGGAAGUUUUGGUGCUGUAUAUUAUGCUAGGAAUAAUGUUACAAAAGAAGUUGUUGCCAUCAAAAAAAUGUCCUUUACUGGAAAACAAUCUGCAGAGAACAAAUUUUCUUAUGUAGGAUUUUUUCUGCCUGUUUCUUUGCAGAAAUGGCAAGACAUAAUAAAAGAAGUAAAGUUUCUUCGCCAGUUGAAGCAUAGGAAUACAAUAGAUUAUAAAGGAUGUUAUCUAAAAGAGCAUACUGCAUGGCUAAUAAUGGAGUAUUGUCUAGGAUCUGCUUCAGAUAUAAUUGAAGUGCAUAAAAAGCCUCUUAAAGAAGAAGAAAUAUCUGCAAUAUGUCAAGAUGCUCUUCAAGGUUUAGAUUAUUUGCAUUCCCUUGGCAGAAUUCACAGAGAUGUGAAAGCUGGUAAUAUUCUUCUUACUGAAAAUGGAACUGUUAAAUUAGCUGAUUUUGGAUCAGCUUCCAUGGCAUCACCAGCAAAUUCUUUUGUUGGUACACCAUACUGGAUGGCUCCAGAAGUUAUUUUAGCUAUGGAUGAAGGACAGUAUGAUGGCAAAGUAGACAUCUGGUCACUUGGAAUUACUUGUAUUGAACUGGCUGAAAGAAAACCUCCUUAUUUCAAUAUGAAUGCUAUGAGUGCCUUGUAUCACAUAGCCCAGAACGAUUCACCAUCUUUAGGACCUGGUGAAUGGUCUGAUUCCUUUCAUCAUUUUGUAGAAACAUGUUUACAAAAACAUCCAACAGAUAGACCAACUGCUGCUAGAUUAUUGCAGCAUCCUUUUAUAAUUAGCCCUAGACCAUCCAGAGUAAUUAUGGACCUUAUACAACGUACAAAAGCUGCUGUGCGAGAGCUGGACAAUUUAAACUAUCGUAAAAUGAAAAAAAUUUUAAUGGUAGAUUCUCAAGAAAAUGAAGUCAGUACUGGUGAACCGGAAGAAGAUAGCACUGAAGAUGAUCAGAUGGGAGGGGACAGUAGUAAAAGUAAUAGUAUCACCAGUACUCAUAGCCAACAAAGUGAAAAUGUUAGUGCUGGAAGUCAAAGCAGUAGUACAAGUAGUCUUCCACCUGCCUCGGAAACAGAUUCCACAUAUAAUUAUCCUGCUUCAUUCCGUGAACGUGUUGGAGCACGUGUUAGUCCAUCGAAUUCCUCAUCUACGAGUCUUAAUAGUGCAGAUGUUGGAGCUAAUAAUUUUGCUACUAUAAGAACUACGUCCAUUGUAACUAGACAGAUCAAAGAACAUGAGCAAGAAAAUCAUAUGCAUGAGCAAAUGUCUGGUUACAAGCGAAUGAGGCGACAGCAUCAGAAAGCUCUCAUUCAGCUUGAAGCAAAAUGUAGACAGGAGAUGGAAGAACACAAGCAAAAAUUAGAUAAAGAAUAUGAAAAUUUACUCCAACAAUUUAGCAAAGAAUUAGAAAAAAUUCAGAUACGGCAUCAACAAGAAUUAGAGAGAAAGCUUAAACAGAAUUUAGCAAGUGAAAAACGGUUAAGCAAGAACAUUACUCAACAGCAUGAAGAAGAAGUGAAACGUUACCAAGCACAACAGAAAACAGAGUACAAGUAUUUGAAGGAUCGCUUAAAGCGAGAAAUGAGCAGUCGGGAGGAAGCUUCACCUCGUCAGAGAGAUGAUGCAAUGCGUAAUCAUAAAGAGGAAGUUCUCCAGCGACAGACAGCAUCCUUACAACGUUUACAGAGGGAACAGGGAGAUUCUCAUCGACUAGAAAUUAGGAAAUUUAGGAGACGAAAAUUGCUGCAGUUUCAUCAGAUGGAACAAAAUUUACUACGGGAUGAAUUAAAUAAAAGACAGGCUCAGCUUGAGCAAGCACAUUCAAUGUUGCUUCAUCAUCAUGAAAUGACGCAAGAAUUAGAGUAUCGCCAACAGAGGGCUGUUCAUCAAUUAAGAGAAGAACAUGUACGAAAACAACAUCAAACAGAACUUGCCAAUCAACAAGAAUAUAAUUCUAGGCGAGAACGUGAACUUCGAAAAAAGCAUGCCUUAGAAGUAAAACAACAGCCUAAAAGUUUAAAGCAAAAAGAAUUAAUGAUUCGAAAACAAUUUCGUGAGACUUGUAAGAUCCAGACCAGGCAAUAUAAAGCAUGGAAGAAUCAAAUUCUAGCAUCCACUCCAAAGGAAGAACAGAAAUUAGUAAUUAAAAAAUUAAAGGAAGAACAGAUGAGAAAAUUAGCAAUUUUAGGUGAACAGUAUGAACAAAGUAUAGCAGAUAUGCUUCAAAAACAAUCUAUACGUUUAGAUGAAUCGCAAGAAUUAGAAUAUCGUCAGUUGAAGGAUCAGUUACAGCAAGAGCUAGAACUUUUGACUGCCUUCCAGAGUAAGAUCAAAAUGCAAGGAGAAGCUCAGCGUAAUCGAGAACGUCGAGAACUAGAAGAUAGAGUAUCUACACGACGUGCACUAUUGGAACAGAAAAUGGAGUUAGAGAAGCAACAAUUUCAAGAAGAGCGAGCUGCAAGACAGAAAGAACUUCUUGAUCGCCAGGCUGGUGAAAUUGAGAAGUUUGAUGAAGAGAGUGCUCGUCUGGGCUUUGAUGCAAUGGCUAUAGCAGAAGCUUCUCAGGAACCACUUCCUGCGGACGACAUCAGCAUCAGUGGUAGCAUGUUGAGUCUGGCACAUAGUAAUAGUGCCAGUUCAUUUACUCAUACUGCACUCUAGUACAUAUUAAUUUCUUCUGGAAAUGCAUUUUGAAACAUCCACAAAUACUUAGGUUAUGAAGCAACUCCUCCAAAUAAUCUGUGGACGAGCAUUAUAAAAGAAAAUUAAUUAAUAGUGCAACACAUGGUGAGAAAGUUUCCCAGCUGUUUAUUAAUGGAUUAUCUGGUACGAUCUUGUAACUGCUUCCAUCUAAAGUCCUCUGUUGUGAUAUGCUCAUAGGAGAUUUUACAGCAAAAAUGUUGCUUGUAUAAUUUGAAUUAAGAAAGUAUUUCAUAGUUCUGCAAAAGAAAUGGUUUAGAAUGUGCAUGUGAAUUGUAUGCUUCUGUGUCUUAAAUAUUAACUUUUAUUUUUGUAAAAAUGUUUGCAUCUUGUAGUUAUCAUAAGAAUCUCACUUAACAACUUUUUUUUUAAGCGGCAGUCCUCUUUUUGUAUUUAAAAUAUUUCAGUUUAGAGCAAAUUAAGCUUUUUUAACUUUGAUUGCCUUUAUUUAAUUAUUUUUCAAAAUAAUUUUUACCAUCUAGUCUAAAAGCUUUUCUGUAGAGACCAUAGUAAUGUGUUAAGUGUUCUGUGUUAUUCUGAAGAGUUAGUUCUUUGUAUGAAGAGUAUUUUGAUCAUCCAGUUCUACCAUGUGUUGUGGACUUAGUGUCAUCCUGGCUUCCAGCUUGCUGAUGACAAGGCUCAGAAUGGUCAGAAUUUGUUUGACCAUAUAAUCUAGAGUGUAUGUGUGCACAAAUAAAGUGCAGUUGGUGUAGUUUUGAUCGUUAAUAUGUGGAAGGUGUGCAUACAGUUUGGACCAGAUUGUCAGCAAUUUAACAUACUUUUUCAGUCAGAAGUAUGAAGGUAUUUGUUUUACACACAAUGAGAGGUCUGCUGUAAAAUUUUCUCUCCAUAAGAGUUUUUAUUAUAAAUUAUUAAAAAUACACUAGUUUAAAAGAAAAUCCAAAGAGAAGUUCAGCUUCAGUUACCCCUUCUUGAAGAAAAUGCUUGGGUCUUAGUACACAUUCUCAUUAGAAAUCACAUUUUAUAGCAUUUUCCAUGCUUCACUUUCGUGUGCAGUCUGAAUGAUAGGAAUGAAGUCAUCAGAGCUGUUGUAAAUUUAUUUGAUGUGCUCACCUUACAAAAGUAAUUUACUUCCAUCUGUAUAUAGCACUGUAUAAAAUUGUCACUGUGAAUUGUUUAAAUAAAACUGUAGAUUAUAUGUUUUUCUCAUUAAUAAAGAUUGUACAAAAUAUGAUAUUUUUACCUUUAGGUUUUAUUUGGUAUUAUUUAAAUUAGAAACAAGUUGUUAAUUGGUUCUCCUUUAAGUUUUAUUUUCAUUGUGUAAUUUUAGGAGCAAUAUUAAGAAAACGGGUUUGGUACACCCUGUGCUUUGUUUGCAUAUAGGUUGUAGAUUGUAAAAUCUGCAACUGGUCAGUAGUUUGAAUGGAAUAAUUUUAGGAACAGUUUGAUGGUCAAAAUAGAUAAAUGAUAUUUAUUGAAGUUUUGUAAAAGAAGUGUACUGCAAUAACAAUAUAAAAAUUUAACAAAGAUUGCAGUCUCAGUUAUUUAAGCAUCUUAAUAGAUAAAUUCAUAGCACAAAUCAAUCUGUUUGCUGCAUGAAGUCAUGUAAUCUUAAAUCCAUUUUUAUUUCAUAAAAUUACAGUAUAGAAUCUAUAACUGACAUAAUUUUUCUCCUCUAAAAUGCAUACUGUUAUCUACACAGAAUUGCAGAGUCCAAAAAUUAUUUUUUGGCUAAUAACAGUUCAGCAAGUUUCAUGAAAUUUGAUAUGUAUAUAUGUAUAAUCAUAAGAUUAAUAAAUAUAUAAUAGAAAUUUGGAAAAA